CAUAAAUACUAUUACUACGUAAACGAUAAAUAUAGCAAAAGCAUGACUCAGCAUAAUGACGUAAUAUCUUAAAUUAAGAGUAUUCUGACGUGACUGACUUCACGUCACACUGGGAAUAUGUGUUUAGGAAGACGUCCAAGGUCAAAUGGAAAAACAUGGCAUUUCAGGAAAUGAAGAGUUUAUUAAAACGAAACUGGGACGCUGGAAAGACGUCGAAAUAAAUAUCGGUAUCAUAGGCAAUUAUGGUGUUGGAAAGUCAAGCUUUAUAAACGCUAUAAGAGGGUAAGAGAUUUGUAAACUUGUAGCCGACAUAGGGAGUACAGGGUAUUUUAAUAAUGUAAUUGCAAGCAUUUAAAGCAUUGUUUUCGAUAUAUUCACACGUUGUUUACCGUGAUACUGGGCGCAUAUUCGUUUGUUGUAUACCAUACGACCAUCAGUCGCAAUAUCUUGGUUUGUUUCAAAAUUAUGUGAUAAAUUUUACUGUUUUACAACGAAAACACCCAUUCGAAUACCGAACACAUCCUGUUCACAAGUUAAGUUGUUGAAACAUCAUUGCUACAAGUCUGCUGCAGGUUUGUUACAACUUGUGUGAUUUUACGCGUGUACAAGAGAUCACUCUAUUGGCCGCUAUUUUGGCAUCACACAAUCAUAGGGCCUUUUAUCUCAUUCAUGCUCUUUCCUUGAUCCUCCUAUCUCCUUCCCACCGCAAGAGAAAACCCUGGGGACGAGGUUGUGGUUUCGACAAUUUUAUUAAAUACUACAUUCUCGCUUUAACUAGACUUAGAGAUGACGACAACGGCGCAGCAGAGACAGGAGUCACGGAGACAGCAAAUGUAGCCACCGUCUACCAUCAUCCUACCAAUAACAAAAUAAAGUUUUGGAAUCUACCUAGUAUAGGUGAGUACUAGGGAUGUGCCGGAUACCGGAUAGUACCGGAUAGUAGUCUACCGGAUACUAGUCAGGAGAAAAUGAUGACCGGAUACCGGAUUAUUAAUAACCGGAUACCGGAUAAUAACCAGAUACUACCAUACAAUAAUUUAUUAGAAACACAACAUUUUUAUAGCUUAAUUAACUAGUCCAAUGUGGCAAUGUGUUUAAUACAAUGACUUCAAGAGUUUUUUGUCUCUUUGACCUAUUUGUCUUUACCAAGGCCAUAUCUUAUGAUUCACCUUACAUUGUUUACUGGUAUUCAGUUUAUAAAAUUCACUGCUGUUGGUGAACGAGCAGUUCACAUCACCAUCACGAAAAAAAUAUGUCGUAAUUUCGUCGUAAUGCAGCGCACGCUCAGUAAUUGUUCGUGUUUCACAAUUUUUAAACACCAAGUAAACUUUUCCGUUUCAUGGUUGUAACAAAAUAUCUUACAGUACUAUCCGGUAAAUAUCCGGCAAAUUUAUACCGGAUAGUGCCGGAUGUCUAAAUUUUACAGGAUAUCGGAUACCGGUAUCCGGAUCCGGCACAUCCCUAGUGCGUACCUGAUGUUGCUGUAAUAGAACUUCAACAAGCUGUAAUGCUAAUGCGCAUGAGCAGAAAUGAUGAUACGACAUUUUUUCAAAAUCCCUACUGCAAAAAUAGUCUGGAUCUUAGUUUAAAAUGGUAUGAAAAUCCAAUUUUCAUACCAACUGCAAUUUUCAUACUAUGGAUAUAAUAUCGCCAUCGCCACCAUAACGUCGCCACCACCAUCCUCGUCACAACCAUAAUCACAUUACUACAAUCAGCACUAUCACCACCGUCUUAUAGCCUUCACCAUUAUCACAGCCAUUAUAUCAUUACCACCAUCUUUACCGCUGUCACUGGAACAACAUACUAUGGAAUUUGCGAUGCAUCACUAAAUCCAUAGUAUAUCCACACUAUUUCCAUGGAGGUUUUCUAAUGUCUGCAGUUUUCAUGGUAGUAGCAGUAGUGUUCACAGUGAUUGCUAUCAAGGCGAAAUUAUAAUCAAACAACUCCAUGUUACAGGAAUAAAACGGUACUAUCGCAACAAUUCAAUAAAAACUCAACUGACUAAUAAUUGCAGGUACACCAGACUACCCCACUGACACCUACAGUGACAAAGUCGGCUUGGAAAAGUACGACACCUUCCUUAUCUUAGCCGCUGGCCGCUUCACUAUAAACGAUCUUCUAUUAGCCGAAAAAGUGAAAUCCAUGAAAAAGUCAUUCUUUUUUGUACGCACCAAGAUCGAUCAGGACGUCCAACAUGAAAGGAGAAAGGCAAGAUUUAAUGAAGAAGCAAUGUUGAACGACAUUCGAGAGGAUUGUUUGAAAAAUCUGGAAAGAUUUGAAGCCGGCGAUGAAGUUGUGUUUCUCAUCAGUAAUCAUUACCCAGCCAAGUGGGAUUUUGCUCGUCUCACACAGGCCAUUCUGGAUGUCUUGCCACAGCACCAAAAGGAAAGUCUAACGCUGUCCUUAGACUUGUUAACAAGCCACUCCAAGGAUAUUUUGAAACGAAAAGUUGAAAUACUUCGAGGUAAUUAUAGAGCGAAGUUAACAUUUCGUGCAAAUAACGAUUUGUCAAGAAUAUUUCGAACCUCACUCCCAUGACCUUCAAAGUGAAUACGGCACGCAGGCACGGAACUGAGUUAUCUCGUUCAAAACAAUAUAAAGUUUUGCAACAUAUGGGCUUUAAGGUUACAGCAUACCCUAGAACCUUAAAUAUUUCAAAAAUGUUUCUAAUUGUUUUGUAGCUUAGAAAGAGAUCUGUCGUCAGAAAAAAUUUCAAAGAAGUCUAUAUGCUUGGCGGGAAAACUAAUUAGCAUUGACAGAAGUCAAUUUUCAAACUAAUUCAUUUUGAGUCAUCUACAGGCACUAAAAGGCGACGUUAAGCGUGUGUUUUAACCGAUUGUUCUUAGAAUUGCGCAGGUUCUAGAUUUAUGUCUUGGUUACAAAAUCGUGUUUACGCGAGUUUUACUGGCCUGUAGUUGCAAAGUUACGAGCCUUUUGUUGUGCAUUGGUUGCCUCAGUUAAGUAACUCCUAAAGUAUAACAAUAAAAUGCAAACAUACGUGACAGGUUUUUAGUGAAACCGGCGUUUAAUGCCGGUUUUCUACUUGCGAAUUUUUUCGCGCAAAGCGUAUUUUUCAUUUGUCUUUGGCCUCUCAACUGGAGCCAUCUGGAACUAAUUGGAUAACAACAAAAGAAAAAUUCGCUUCGCGCAAAAAAAUUCGCAAGCGGAAAACCGGCAUAACGCGGACCGCCGAGCAACAUUAAGGUACCAUAAGUUUAAACUUGUAGCCAUACUCGGGAAAACAAUUUUUCUCGUACAUUUUAUAACAGUAUGUUAUUCGUCAUCUAUCUGGCUACAUUCGGGAAACGUUUUAUAGAAAUUGGAUAAAAAUUCGCCGAGUAAUGGUAGAUCUCCUGAGGAAUGGUAUAGAUAUGUGCCUUUUCUCGAUCAAGCGAUAGGACGUAUUUUCAUUCAAAGUUACUGACCGAAAGCACGGAAUAAUUUUCUUGUUUUUAAUGUUAGUUGAAGGUGAUACUGAAAGGCAGGACAUUGUAUACGGAAAGCAGUUUUUCUAUUAUUUUUGGCAUUCUUUCCAAUACUCUAAUUUGUUUCAGGUCGAAUAUGGAUGGUCGCAGCCGCUUCUGCUGCUGCUGCGGUAAUUCCACUGCCUGGGUUGUCUAUUGUGGUGGAUUUCCGCUUGUUAACACACGAAGUGAAUUUAUACAAAUCUCAGCUUGGCCUACCCAAGGAAAAAUCUAACGAGUUUCUAAAACUGACUAAAGAAAACCGGGAAAUAAUCCUCAAAUUUUGUUUCACAAACGCAGCGGAACUUGCAAAGAUUCUCACAGUUUUCGCUGCCGGUUCCGCAGUUGAGGAAGUUGCUCGAUUCAUUCCGAUCAUAGGAAGUGCUAUUGCUGGAGGCAUUUCUUUCGGCUCUACCUAUUAUUUCCUCCGUCAAUGCUUGAACGAAUUGGAAAAAACAGCAUUGAAUCUCUUGGAUGAAACUAACGCCAACGUUGUUAGGGAUAUAGUAAACAGCGUCGACUAGUGUCAACUGGAACUGAGAACAAUUAAUAACCUUCACGUGCUCAUUUGAGUUUUCAAAUUUGAAUAUUAAAAAAAUAAGGCCUUACAAAUAGUAAGCCCUAGCUUUAAUAGCUGGCUGUCAUAGUUCUAAUGUACGUAGUUCUAGUGUAUUUUAAGAAAAUGGCGUCACAAUUGCGGAUUCAUCAAGUGCAUGUCUCGAUAAUAGACAAAGGCAUGAUUUGUUUGCAAUACGAAACAAAUUUGUAAUAGCUAUGUAUAAGUUAAAUAAAAUAGUUCAAACUUCUAAUCUGUCUUAUUCUCGCUCUAGUUGAUAUUGAAC